AUGGACGCUCUUGUCUACCGAAAGAACACUGUGCCCGAGCGCCAGCGCGCCCUCCAGGCCGACCCUCGCCCCGUCUUCCAGCGCCUGCCCCGCUCCAGGCUCUACAUGGGUCUCUUCAUGACCCUCUUCGGCGUCGGCAUGUACGGCACCACCGUCGGCUUCUACAACAUGGCUGUCGUACGUAUCCCGCAACCACCUCCGCAUCGCAUCGGCCUUCUCGGCAGCGCGGACGCCUGA